UACAAGAACUUGUUUCAAUUUCAAUGUUUACAUUUUUUAUUUUAUUUUUGCACAUGUCAGACACAGAUUAGUGAAACAAAUUGAAAUAAAGCUACAUUAUUUUUAAUGUGUACAAUUCAAUGGCACUUUCAUUAACUCUCGAAUUCAGUGGUGGUGCAGAGUUGCUUUGUGGAAAUGUAAAAAAGCACAAUAUUACUCUACCCAAGCAAGAUGAAAAAUGGCUAAUAAAAGAUCUCUUGAUAUGGAUUCAGAAAAAUAUAAUCAAAGAGAGACCAGAACUUUUUUUACAAGGAAAUACAGUGCGACCUGGUAUCCUGGUUUUAAUAAAUGAUGCAGAUUGGGAGCUUAUGGGAGAAUUAGACUAUGAACUAGAAGACAAUGACAGAAUAAUAUUUAUUUCUACACUUCAUGGAGGCUGACAAAUCAUUAUGUUUUGAGAAACUGGUGUAGAUUGAAAUGCUUGCAUCCAUGGCAAGAAUUUGUUAAUGAUAAGGGACUUCACUGUCAAACAACCCUAACUGUUAAUGAAAGUGUCUUGUAAUUAUGAAAUGUAAAUAAAUUAUGUGUAAACAUAAA